ACCUGCAGUAAGUACCCAGUCUUUUCUUCUUUAUUCUCCCUGUUUGGACUGAAUAUUAAGUAGAAAUGAACAUGUGAUGAUACAAUCGGUUGUAUGGGUGCUGGCUGCUUUAAUGCAUGGGGCUUCUCUUGAAUGUAAGGUAGAUUUCGGGAUGGGAACUGGGGGUGAGGGGUUGGUACUUGGUACAGGGGGGAAAUAGUUGAUUUGUUGCUCAGAGAAUCUUGGAAAUUGGAAUUUGGAAAUAGGGAAUUUUAAGGACAAGCCUAUGUGUGUUUAUAAGAGGUUGGCCAGUCAGUGUACUUACAAUAAGGCAUUUCCCUAGGGAUGAUUACUGUGUAUAGCGCCUCCCACAGCACAGGCUGGUGUAGCAUUACGUGGCUACUGUAUAUAACGUCUCGUUACUUCAUUUGUUCAUCAUGUUUACAACUGUGCUGCUUGUUGUCAUGUGAGGGAACACAAUGGCUGGGGGAUAUUUGUAUGAACAACCCAAUGUUUGUAUUAGCAAUGUACAACCUUCUGCACGGAUGCCAUCAUUUAUACAGAGUGCUAAUUCCACUGCAAACACCACUUCAAUUGUGGUUGUUAACGGUUAUAAAAAGAAUAAUACAGGUCAGGCAAAUGUCAGUUCAGUAUCAGAUGUUAUUAUUAAAAUAGGUAGAAAACUGCAAUACAAAUAUUGUGUUUUUAUUUACAAUUCUUCAUCUGUACAGCUCAGUUACAUGGGACAGAAUAGAAACAGUAGAAAAUGAAUAUUAUCACCCCUUGGAAUAAAUUUCCAAAAUAGAUAGAUAGAUAGAUAGAUGAUAAAUAGAUAGAUAGAUAUAUAGAUGAUAAAUAGAUAGAUAGAUAGAAAGAUAGAUAGACAGCGGUGUAUUAGAUAAAUAGACAGGUUGGAUACUAAAUUUUAACAGAUUAAUUGACAUACAGACAUGUAUAGAGAUAUUUAUACAUAUAAAUAUACAGGUAGAUACAUAAAAAGAUGGAUAAUAAAUAGAUAGAUAAAAUAAAGAAGCUAUAAAGGGAUUAUGCAUAAUUUGUUUAAUUUAAUUCAAUUAAUUUAAUUUAAUAAAUUAAUAUGUCUUAAUUGAUCAGGAACUAAUAAGCAACAUUUUAAAAAAUGUAUAUAAAAAUAAAAUGCAGCCUUUGUUGUGGAUGUUGCUUUUGCCCUGUUCAAUAGUAAGAGUUGCUGGCAACAAUGUUCUUCUGUUCCAGUUUUUUGCCAAGCAAGUGAAAAAUCGGGCAGGUUGCUAAAAAGUCGAGUUUCUCGAGCAUUUGGAGCAUGAUACAAGAUAAACAAUAUGUAAUAAACACAGAAUAUGCAUGUUUUAAUGAACUAGGCCACAAAAGAGAGAGAAAGAGAUGAAAAGCGUUUCUAUGAGCAGUUGAGCAGCAGUUGAAUAUUUAACGUCCUUGUUCAUCAAUAACCGUGUGGCUUUGACCUGUCUGAGCGAGUCGUGCGAUAAGGUGAAAUUCAGGUCACGCAGUCUAACAAACAAAUAGCAAAAUGAGCACACAAAGAUCGGCUCUGAUUUUAUCUGCGUUUAAAGGUGUUUCUACCCCACAGAAAGUAUGUUUCUUUAGUUACAUUGAACAUUUGCAUGUAAAUUUGCAGAAAUAUUUGUCAAGAACUUUAAGGGCAUUAGUUUCAUAUGAAAUGAUCAUGGUUCCUGUUUAGAAACAUCAGCAAUAUUUAAGAGAGAUCAAUAUCAUUUUCGUUUCAUCUUGUUCUCGUGUUGGAUUCUAAACAUGUUUUAGCCAAUGCAGGUGACUUAAGGCGUUCGAAUGUAAUAACUGCAGUUUGUUAAAUAACGAAUUAAUAAUAAGAAACAGUUUCAGAAUAACAAAAAUAUAAAUUUUUAAAGUUUACCGUGACAUUAGGAAAUUGUGAAAGAAAUCCACAUUUUCUCAAUAGGUGCCCCUUGUGGGGUCGUUUUUUUUUUUUUACUUCUUUCUCCAAGUGAGCUGGGGAGGAGAAGGAGAUGUAGGUUCGUGAACUUUUGUACUGCACUGUGUGACUGUCGGCCACGUAAAAAUAAUGGAACUUUUUGAUAUGUUUGCAAAUGAUUUCCAAUGACCUUUCCCCCCAACCUUAACCAUAAACGCUAACAUACUAAAAUCUCAAUAUAGUCCAAAGGUUGUGUUGGGAGAACUUGAGCUACCACUGGAAUCUGUCUAACCUUGAACAACUACAGUUUCCUUACAAGCUAAGUAGCAUUUUAUUCUAUAAAUUCAUGCAUUGCAGUAAGUUCGCGUUGCUUUGUUUGAAAAUGUGUGAUUUGGAAGGGUAUUUAAGCUUUUAAAAUGAGGGCAAAUUUUUAUAAAUGUACAUUUUAUGGAUAAUAUUGAGGAUACAUGUUAUGGAUUUGAAUUUAUAUGGAUGGUAGAUUUUACAAAAUUCAAAACAGUGUGUAUUUAAUUCAACAAACCUUCUUUCAUUGUGAUUCUAUACUGGAUAUCCUUCAGCUGUAUAGUUCUAUAAUGUACAAGGGCUAUUCAGCAAAACUGAAAAAAAAAAAAAAAAAGAUUCGAUAUGGUGCAAUAUAAUUAAAAAAUGGGUAAAAAGCAGUAUUAUUCGUGUCUUUAAAUAUAAAUAUUUGUAUAAAGUAUUUGAGUUGGUGAUUUAUUAAAACAGUAAUAUGUUGGAUGUGGAUAAAUUGUAUUUGCAUUUUGUCACUGAAAAUGCCAUCUUAUUUUUAGGUAAUAUUACUAAGUGUAUUGUGAUACAAUUAUAUAUAAGGAGCAAUGACUAUUUCAUUUUUAGAGAUAAUCUUUUGUUGUAUUAUCUACUCUACUUGCACUACUGUAAGUUAAACUCCAUAUCCAAACUAUGCAGUUGUGAUAAUGCAGGUGAUAACUGGUAUUUUAAAUCCGAUUGUAAAUGAAAUAUAGAUUAUACGGGCAAGGGGCUCCACCUAAAGCACCUUUCUUCCAUCCCAACGUGCAUUAUUAAUACGUUGUCUAUAUGUACCCUGUAGAACCGAAUUUGUGUGGUUUUAACAGUCACAGAUUCGAUUCUAGGGGGAUAUAUGGUCGAUGCAAAUACUUCGAUUCCAGCAAUGUUGCUUGUAUUCGUGUUUCAUGGAGGUGCUGUUACCUGGAUGUUUGCUUUUUUUAAAAAGGUAAAAUAUUGAUUUUUUUUUCAUAUUACACCCAAAUGUUGUGUGUUUUGUAUGUCAGAUAAUUAUCAAUCACAUAUAUGAAAUGUAAUGAUCAUCUAGCCAGUCUGUGAUAGUGACUCGUUUUGCUGUAUGAUUUGUAAAAUGAGAGAACUUGGUAGUGCCCCUCACUAAUUGUACUGCUGGUGCAUCUAUGGUGCCAGGUUGAGCCUGUGUCCUUGUAUGGUGCAGUGCAGUGAAUAUUUUGGCGGACUGAUGUUACUUAAUGUGGAGUUAAGCUGAUAUUGUCUGUAUAUUAUAAUAAAGAUAGUUAAUAUCAAUCUGUAUGGCUAUUUAAUGCAAAAAAAAAAAACUAUUUACACAAAUCCAUAUUGUAAUCAAUAUUCUUAUUUUUUUCUCUUUAUUUAUUGUGUUUUUCCAACAACUACAUACAUUGUAUCUUCAUCUACUUCUCUAAGGAGUAAGAUUUAAUAUUCUUAUAUUUUAUGUGCUUAUUGGGCUUGGUGACACCUCCACACUAUGCUUGUGUGAGUAUUGAUCCUAAAUUAUUUCUCAUUUCCCCAUGUGAAAAGCAAAGCACGAGUUACUGAUUGUCUAAUUUUUUUUCAACCUGACUAGAUGAAGUAACUUUUAGAUGACCCCAGAAAGACAAAGCCAAGACAGGUCUUUUGUACAUCUUAUGAUCCCCCUGAUGUUCCCUUGGCAAUUUUAGCUCUCAGUCUCUUUUUAACCCCCCACAAUGGAUUUAAGAAAGGAAUAAAGGCAGCUCCUGGGCUUCAUAUACACCAACACAUUUUAUCCAAGCAUCUGCACACUAUGUUGAUCUUGCAGGGCAGAACAGGAUAUAAAAGUCACUUGUGACUAAAUUCAUAGUUGUCUGGGUGAUUAGAGGAGGCUUUUUUUUAUUAGCACGUGAAAUGUGUAAUUAAGGGGUGGUGGAUUGGAAUGGGCUCAUAACGAUCCAAUUAAAUCAAUAUUAUUUUGUUAUUUUGUGGAAAUUAUGAGGUACAAUUAAAGCCCGUGAUAAACUUUCUGCUCUGUGAUUGGCUGGAGCGGUCACGUGGCCACCUAACUUUAUUCAGUUGACAGCAAGUAGGAGGGCUUUAUGGAGGGAGAAAAAAAGACAACACGAGAAAAAUUAGUAUUUUCUAUCCUCAGAAAUUAAUGGCCAUGAGUUCGUACAUGGUAAACUCUAAGUAUGUGGAUCCUAAAUUCCCUCCAUGCGAGGAGUAUAUGCAGGGCAGCUACCUGGCUGCUCAGGGCUCUGAUUUCUUCAGCCCUCCGGCUCAGGGCUCAGAGUACCAGCCACACCAGGGGAUCUAUGGCCGCUCACACUACAGCGACGAGUCGUUCAGUUGCAGCAACGCUCAGAGCUCUGCUCUCCAGCCCCGGGGUCAUGCACAGGAGCCCAGUGGCCCCCAGGAACCAUUUGCAGCUGCUGAUGACCAUUGCCCUGCUCCAGCCUCUCUCUCCAGCUCCCGAGCCUGCAGCCAGCAGCAACAGCACCCCAAAAAUGGCAGCCUGGGCAAACCCCCAGCCAUAGUGUACCCCUGGAUGAAAAAAGUCCAUGUCAACUCAGUGAAUCCAAAUUACACUGGAGGGGAACCCAAACGAUCCAGGACUGCUUACACCAGGCAGCAAGUCUUGGAACUGGAAAAGGAGUUUCAUUUUAACAGGUAUCUCACUCGACGUCGCCGGAUAGAAAUUGCCCAUAGUCUGUGCUUGUCCGAACGCCAAAUCAAAAUCUGGUUCCAAAACAGGAGAAUGAAAUGGAAGAAAGACCACAAAUUGCCCAACACCAAAGGCAGAUCCACUUCUUCUUUAUCCCAACACAUACAAACUGUUUCCAAGGACCAUCAGACUGACCUGACCUCUUUAUGAGGAUAAAUGGCAGAUUUUUAUUUUCUACCUUUGUAUUCACAACCAUCAUUCCUUUCGAUCUGCAUUCGAUGUUCAAGACUGGAGCGAAUUGUGCAAAGAAAGCAGAACAUAAUGACUCCAGGGCAGUCAGUUUCAUAGGUGAUGCUGUGUAAAGGAUUUUUAUGGCAAUAAGGACUAUUUAGUUCAGAGGCACAACCAACAAAUACCCAUUUAUAGGAGACGUUUUCAAAUAAAACAAAAACAAUCAGAUUGCAACAAAUAUUGAGUAUUUUGGGCAAAAGAAACGUAUUUUUUAUUUCACCAGUGAAGAUUCCAUAAAGAUCAACUGAGAAGGUGACAUAGUUUCUUGGGAAUCAUUAUGUAUGUCCCUGUGUCUUUUGUUGGGCUCGGGAUUGCGUUAACCUGGAGAUGCAGAUCAAGUUAGCAGGUCUCUUAAAUCUGAAAAAUGUGUUGGCCACAUGGUCUAACAAUUGCUUGUGGGUUUCUAAAUCUUGCCUUCAGUAUUAAACACAAUAUACCAAAAUCCUUAAAAAAAUAAUAAUAAUAUUCUAUGAAAUAAACGGGUUUUUUAUUGUAUUUGAAAACUGCUUUCACGUAUUUAUUUAAACUGAACUUAUGUAUCAAACAAAAACCAUUUAAACCAAAAAUAAAAAAACGAAAGAUCCAACUCAAUCAAUUUUCAACGAAUUUUCUUUUCUUGCAAUAUCUCAAUCGAAAACAAAAAACCUACUACCACUGCAGUACUUAUUUAUUAUUUAGCCCUAAUUUAGCAUUUAGACAUGAUGUAUAUGAUGUAAUUUUUAUUUUUUAUAUGUAUACUCAUAUGUAUACUCUUUAUGCUAGCAAACGUGUCCCUCACUAAAUAUAAAAGACAUAUUUUCAAUGUUGCCCAUAAUGAAAAAGAAUGUGAACAAGAAUGUAGCUCUUUUUUUUAGCAAUAUUUGUUUGCAUAUCAUUUUACAAAAUGUUAAUAAUGUAAUAUUUUAGAAUAAGUCUUCCAAGUGGUAAAGGGAACACGUUUCUAAGAAACUGACCGUUACAAAAUAUUUAUCUUUUCAGUUGUAUUUUUAAUCUGUCCCUUUUUUCAGUUUUAAAACGGAAUCAUCAUGUUUAAAGACAGGAAAAAAAAUGUGAUUGUAUAAAUGACUGGCAUAAAGGAAGGUAUUGGCAGAUUCAUUUUUAAGGCAAACUUGAAAUCUGUUUCCUUUCAAUGUUAACAAAAUAAAAUGGCAGAGAAAAUGCU